AUGUAUCCAGUGAAUGAUGUUGAUGAGAUAAUUGAAACUGAAGUUUGUAAUCGAUUGAUUCGACUUUCAUGUGCUAAAAUGGUUAGUUCAAAAACUGAACGAGGUGGUGCGAAACUGCAUCGAAAUUUAUUAAUUUUGCAUCUUCUGAGGAAAGCUCGAGAUGAGCAAAAGAGGUUUCCAAUGUUUUCAAAUGAGGUUGAAUGGGCCAAAGAGUCUACUGCACCAGAAAGCCCUAAGAUGCUCGAGGAAUCAAAUUUAACAUCAUCACUGGAUGCCUAUUCUUCAUCUCAAUAUUUGGAUGUCAGCGGCGAUAAUAGUGCUCAUAUGAUGAAUGAAACAAAGGGCGAAGGUUCCACUCAUUUGUUAGAUUUGUCGAGAAGUCAUGAGCCGAUGCCCAUAGAUAUUGGUGAUGAUUUCGAUGUGAAACAGGAACAAUCUGAAUUUGAGUAUUCGCCUUUUCGUCUUUCUCCAUUACAUUAUGCGUUCAGUGCUCCAGAACUCUAUGGUGUGAAUGAAGUAACGGCAACUCAACAGCACAUGUAUGGUGAAUCUGCAUCUCUUUCUGAUGUAUAUUUUUCGGAACAAAUGAUCUCAUCGCAACCGUUAAUUAAUGAGUUACCAGAUGAAAUGGAAGCAGAAGAGUUUCCCAAAGAGAGAUUGAUUUCCGACUCUGAUUACUCAUCAGUUUCUACUGACGCGGUUGUUCCUCCCUAUACUGAAACAAGUUCAAAUGAUGAAUUUAGUCCCUAUGCAAGCGACGAAGAUUAUGAUGAUGAAGAGGGUUCUGGAAGCAAUUCCUUUCCUCCCAAAAAUUAUUCACAUCGUAGGCGAAAGCGCAAGACUUCUGCCUUGCGUGUAACAGCUCCUUGCAAUGCCAAAAAGUGCUGUGUUGAAGAACGUCAACUAACAGGUCUCAUUUCGGUGUUCAACUCAGGUUUGAGUGUUGUUGCCGAUCAAUUACUUGCGCACCCGGCUAGUUCAGCUGUUUCUCCGCUGCAGCAAUCUCAAAAGCAGAUUAAUCCAUUUAUGCACAUUACCUGUAAUUCAGUAAUAUGUUAG